AUGGGCUGCGGCACAACACGCAGCCCAUCCUGCCCGGUCUGCGCACACUUGCCCACGCGGCUCGCGCAUGGCUUGAGCGCGGCCCGGGCGGCCCGCGAGGCCAACCAUCGUGCGCGGCUCGCGCAGCCUUCGCGUGGCUCGUGCGGACGGCCCGCGCGCGCGCGGCCCGCGAGCGCGCGGCCCUCGAAGCCUGCGUGCAGCUCGCGCGGCACGCUGCCUGCGCGGCCCGCGUGGCCCGCGGCCUGCACGCGGCCCACGUGGCCUGCGCGCGGCUUGCAUGCGGCCCGCAAGACCUGCACGGCCGGCGUGGCCCGCGGCCUGCACGCGGCCCGCGCGGCCUACACGCGGUCAGGAUGCGGCCCGCAAGGCCUGUGCGACCAGCACGCGGCCCGCGGCCCGCGCGCGGCUAGCGUGCUGCCUGCAAGGCCCGCGCGGCCCGUGGCCUGA